CCCCACGUGGGGGAAUAUUUUCAUUCAGUUUCUCGCUGGUGUUCAUCGAGGUGAAUCAUACUGUUUGUUACUUCUGUGAUAAAUGAAUGUGUAGUGUGUGUUAUCCAGACAAGAAAUUAAUAUUUACUAGCAUUUUCGUCGUAAUGCUAAUUAAGGACCCUGUAUAAAUGAACGGCACAUCAUUGGUCACAGAGAUGGGUUGGAAUUCUCAAGAACAAACACUCUUCUACCAGCCGUCUUGGAGGGUCGUGGAUAACCGAUAUGGCACUGCAGAAGACCGCAGCUGGCAAGACCGUAACACUUCUAGCAAAUUAUGUAUGGAAAAGUGCAUACCCAUUAACAGUAACAUGAAUGGGUUUUGUACCUCUACAAGUAAUCUGGCUGUACAUCGUGCAAAGGUAGACAAGAAACGCCAAGUACCGAAUGAUUCCCAAUCAGUGAAAGACAAUGGACACUGCAUACUAGGGAAUGUACGCAAGACCAAAGUCUCGUCAAGUGAAGGAGGGGAUAGUCUAGAUUCAAAGUUUAAAAUCACGAAGAUAUUCCUGAGGUGCUACACAUGUCAUAAGGAGUGUGUUGACAACCACUUUACAGAACACCUCUUCUUUGGAGAAGUGACAUGUACAAUAUGUGAAUUGAGAGUUACUUCAUGUGAACGUUUUCGAGAAGAAACCUUGAGUAGUACCUGUUGUCACAAAUUUAAGUUUAUCAGACCCUUCAAGUAUCUAUACAACAGAAUAUCAUAUAGCCUAAGUGGUAGGAACUGUGAUAAAAUCCACACUACUAGGGUUGAACUUAGGCUUUCGUUAUACUUGUGUAAACUGAAGUCACUCAGAGGAAAGGAUCCUUGGAUGUUGGCCAUUUCACAGUGCAAAAAAGGCUUGGACAAACUUCGAUUUCAGAAAUUCCAUAUGGCUAAUUCAAGCAAGAGAGGAGGUACAAAUAUUAGUUCAGCGCUUUCUAGUAAUGAACAGGCACCGCUCACGUGUAAAGGUGUUAUAUCUAAGAAACCGAAAGACUGUUCACUUACAUCAGAAUCCUACAAAAUUAGCAAUGCAUCCAAAUGUCCUACAGCUGAGAGCUCAACACACUCCUGCUUCACGGAAAGUAGCAAGCCAUUGUUAUCCCACUCACCCCGAUCAUCUCAUACGGUGGAGAUGGAAGAGUCUGUGCCAUCGUCGGAACAAAAGGCAGGGGUGAGUUUGGAACCCAAGGAACCUGAACUAAUCAUAACUGGGUUCCUGGAUACCCCCAAAGACGGCUAUUACUAUGUGAGUCGCUGUGCCAUUGAGGAGUGUCCCAUGUGUUAUGAAGAGCUGUGCCCCUCGAGGUUCACCGUCAAUGUCCAGACCUUCCUCUUAACGACGAUAUGUAUUGGCUGUGGUCUCACCAUCUAUGUGAUAUUUGAUCCCCCCGAUGGCUCGGUACCGAAGGUGGCCAUAGUGACGGAAAAACCUAAUGUGAAAUCCAAGAGCAGAAGAAAGAAAAAGAAUUGAGAAAUUGGUAAUGAAAAACUUGUAUACUUAUAUAAAGAAUAAAAAAAAUCCCUGAA